AUGAAGUCGGUCUUGGUCGCUGCGGCCAUAUUGGCCACUGGAUCAUUCGGUCAAUCUGCGUCUAGUACGACGGCGGCAGCCUCCGCUUCGUCUGCUACGACACCUACCACCACCGCAGCUGAGCUCAGUGCUACCGAGUCAUCAUCCACAAGGACACCGACAACAACGACAGUAAGCGUCGGUUUGAACCACGACUUCAACCCAGACUCUAUCAUUGCAGAACCGGGUGAUGUUAUCAAGUUCAUAUUUUAUCCCACAAAUCACUCGGUAGUGAGAGCGGCUUAUGAAAAUCCAUGCAUUCCCUAUAAUUAUGUCAAUCCAGGUGGCGACACUUUUUUCAGUGGGCCCAAGAUCUCGUCAACAGGCGACGAGCAGCCCGUAUGGCUCUUGACAGUAAAUAAUACAGACCCGAUCUUCUUCUACUGCUCGGCACCAGGCAGUUGCAUUAGCUCACAUAUGGUUGGCGCAAUCAACCCCAAUGACACAUAUACCCUCGCUGCCCAGAAGGCCGCGCUUGCCGAUGUGAAAUAUCAAUUGUCCCCCGGAGAGUCGAUCCCAAGCGAAUACGGAACGACGACCGGCACAGGUUUAGGUUCGACAUCAACUCCAUCGAGCUCCAGCAGCGAACAACAUGGUAGUUCACUGUCUGCUGGCGCCAUCGCUGGUAUCGCCAUUGGAGGAGCGGUAGUGCUCAUUGGCGCAGUCGCUCUCAUAUGGUUCUGCGGUCGCAAGGGAGGAAUCGAAAAGGGAUAUCGCAAGAGCACCGUGGCCAACCCACCGUCGGCGUCCAUGAUCGAGUCCAACUACAACGGACACCCCAAGAGCCCGCCGCCGCCAAUGUACAGAGAUUCCUCACAUUACGCCCAGUCUGAGGCUCCUUACCGAAGCAUGAGCCCAGCUCAGUGGUCGCAAACCGGCAGCCCGCACAUGUCGUACGCCGGAUACCCCAGUCCAGGAUUGACCAGUCAGUGGUCGGAUGUCCAUGGUCAAAGCGAAGCACCAAAGUCGACAUCCCCGGGACCGGUGGAGCUCAUGGGAAACACUCACCACCCAGACUCAGCUGCCGGGCGUCACGAAUUCCCGGCCUGA